AUGAAAAGAAAAUCUUUAUUUUUUGGAUAUGGGAAACAUUCUAGCCCAGAUGAACUUAUAAAACAUUUAAAUUAAUGCUCUGUUAGUCCUAAAUUUAUUAAAAGCAAAGAAAAUGUUGAUUUGAUGUAAAAAAAUAUAGUUUACUUUAACAAUAUAAAAAUAAAAAAGAGUAAAUCAACAGAUCGUGAUAAAAGUAUAGUGAUAAAACGUUCACGAUUGUAAAAAGAAUAUUUGAGAUUUUUACUUAGUACUGAUGGGCCAACAGGUGUAUUUUAUUAAUAAGAAAAAAAAAAAUUAUAAAUCAAGAUUUAAGAUAUUUAAGAUAUUGGACAAGCUCAUAUUUGUCUUUCGAAAAUGCUUAGAUAAUACUAAUAAGAAUUAGUAAAUCCAUUUUGA